AUGUGCAAAGCUAUCGAGUGCCCCAACCACGCCCAAGACACCAAGUACACCUGGUGGGGAUGCGGCGGUCACAUCGAGCAAGCCUUGGCUCCGUAUGAAAAGGAGCAGAUCUGUGACUGCGAGCACGAACCCAUCCCGGGCAACCCCAACGUCUUCCAGCCCAAGCAAAAGUGA